UGGUUUUCUUGCCUGCUUGCACUUUUCGUCACUGACCUGUCCCUGGCUGCAUUUUAAAUGGUAUUCAUCAUGGUAAGUAAAAAGAUGAGUAAAUUUGGACAGAUGCUACUGCGAAGACGUACUCUAGAUUUCAGUGUAGAGGAAACUCGAUUUGCACGCUGCUUGUCAACAAUUGAUCUAAUUGCACUGGGUGUUGGAAGCACUCUGGGUGCUGGUGUCUAUGUACUAGCAGGAGAAGUAGCCAGGGAUAAGGCAGGACCUGCUAUUGUUCUUUGCUUCCUAAUUGCCGCUUUAUCCUCUGUCCUUGCUGGUCUUUGCUAUGCAGAAUUUGGUGCCUGGGUUCCAAAGACUGGUUCUGCUUACCUAUACAGCUAUGUUACAGUUGGAGAAAUCUGGGCGUUUAUAACUGGCUUCACUCUGAUUCUUUCCUAUGUCAUUGGCACUGCCAGUGUAGCUCGUGCAUGGAGCUCCACUUUUGACACUCUGAUAGAGGAAAGGAUUUCUUCUUUCUUUAAACAUUCAGUCUCUAUUAAAGUGCUAGGUGUUUUGGAUGAAUAUCCUGAUUUUUUCGCUUUAAUACUUGUGAUGCUGUUGACAGCAUUACUGGCAUUUGGAGUGAAUGAAUCAGCACUUGUAAACAAGAUUUUCACUGGAAUAAAAUUGGUAGUAUUGUCAUUUGUCAUCAUAUCUGGAUUUGUGAAGGGAGAUGUGAAGAACUGGAGUUUGGGUGAAGAAGAUUUUGCAAAUUUCACAGGUUUAAACAGUACUCAAUUUGGAACAGGAGGUUUUGCUCCAAUUGGAUUUAGUGGAGACUUGUCGGGUGCAGCCACGUGCUUCUAUGCAUUUGGGGGUUUUGACUGCAUUGCCACCACUAGUGAAGAAGCAAAAAAUCCCCAGCGCUCAAUACCUAUAGGAAUUGUUUCUUCUUUGCUGAUCUGCUUCUUUGCUUACUUUGGUGUGUCUGCAGCCUUUACACUCAUGAUGCCUUACUAUAUGCUUAAUGACCGGAGCCCUCCUCCCGAAGCCUUCAGAUAUGUGGGUUGGGGUCCAGCACACUAUAUUGUUGUAGUUGGCUCUCUCUGUGCUCUGUCAACGAGUCUGCUAGGUUCCAUGUUUCCCAUGCCAAGGGUCAUCUAUGCCAUGGCAGAAGAUGGCCUUCUUUUUCGUUUUCUAUCUCGAAUGAACAAGAGAACUAGAACUCCACUUCUGGCUACAAUUGUGUCUGGAUUCAUUGCAGCUUUGAUGGCUUUCUUGUUUGAGCUUUCAGACUUAGUAGACCUUAUGUCAAUUGGGACUCUCUUGGCCUAUUCUCUUGUGGCAGUUUGCGUACUCAUUCUCAGAUACCAACCAGGUUCUCUUAAGAAUGAUGAUAAAUUUGAAAGUAUGGUAGAGCUAAAUGGAGAAAAAACAGCAAUGAAUGAUGCUGAUACUGCAGAUGAAUAUUCUGAUGGAAUUAAGCCACUGAAAAACAAGUUUCAUGUUGCACUUCUGUUUGUGCCAAAUUCUGAAAUUCCAACCAAGAUAUCUGGAGUAAACGUCUAUAUUACCACAGCUGUUAUCUUUGCCAUCUUCACUGUACUUUGCUACAUUUUGGCUAUUCAACUUGAUAGAAUAGCAAAUGGUGACAUUUUGUGGAUUGCAUUUUGCUCUGUGCUGGUAGUUAUGUCCCUUGUUUGUACCAUUAUUAUCUGGAGACAACCUGAGAGCAAAGAAUCCCUGUUGUUUAAGGUACGUUUUCUGCCCAUCCUUCCACUGAUAAGCAUUUUUGUAAAUAUCUACCUCAUGAUGCAAAUGAGUGGUGGCACCUCGGUGCGCUUCAGUGUCUGGAUGGCUAUCGGUUUUAUUAUUUAUUUUGCUUAUGGAAUGUGGAACAGUUCGGAAUCUGAAAAGAAUGAAAAUGCCAAUCAGGCAAAAACUUUCAUAUAUCGAGGAGAGGACUCGGCACUCAGUGCCACUCUUGCUUAAGGAAAGAGGGGUAUGGAGUGUUCCUGUGCCCAGAACUCACCAUAGCAUCAAGUUGCUAGGAAAGGCAGCUAAUGGAGCAGUGUGAAUACAGUAUCGCAGUACAGUAUUGUUAAUGUAUUAUAUUGUUUAUAUCUGUAUUUAUUGUAUAUAUGUUAAUUAGUGAAGUUUGAAAAAUUAAUAGCUGUAUAGUUGUAAACACUGUUUUCAUUGCCUAUUUGUAAAUGUGCUUUAUUUCGCCACUUCAAUGUCUUGCUCCUGUUAGAUAGUAUAUACAGUGUACAGUAUAUUUGACAAUAUUGGUUUGUUUUCUUAAAAUCAUACUACUUUUACUUGAGCCUUUUGUGCCUGAUUAGUCAGUUGUUUAACUGUGAGAGUAAUCAUCAAUCUGUUUCCCUAAGGAAAGAGAGGGUAAUGGGAAUGCAGAGCUCAGAACAGGAACUACAAAAUUUUAUUGCAGCUUAUGUUUGUUACAUACAGUAUUGUGUACAUAUAAAUUUCUGCUUUUUGUGUUUUAAAGUAUGGCCUAAAGUAAUGACCUUUUUUAAACAUAUCUUAACAAGUGGGUUUUAAGGUGUGUACAGGAAAGUCAGUGUGAUAUUCUUAAACUGUAUGAUCUUAUCCCAAUAUUCCCAGUUUAUACUGUA